CCCAAAAAAAUCCAUGAAAAAUCAAAAACCAUAGCAAAGUCGUUAAAAACUAAUGAAAUUGUAAAGCAAUUCAAACGCUUUCAUAACAUCAACGCUCAAGAGCAAAACAAAAAUUAAAAAAUUCAACAAAAACAAAAAAAAAAAAAAUUAAGCGCUAAAAAGACUUGGCUAAUCUUAUUAAAAUGAGUCGCACGCACAUAUCGUCCGGCAUAAUGAGUCGCAUGCGAGUUUUCGAAAGCACAGAUUCUACGGCCACCACCACCACUGACAGUCCGACCAAGCGUUCAACAACGGUAACAUCUGCGUCAACAACAACUCAAUAUUCACCAAUAAAGCUAUCAGCAUCCUCCAUCUCAUCCACAACAUCAACAACAACAACAACAGCGGAAAGGAUUAUACUACGUGAAGCUGAAUCCAUUUCGGCUGCUGCUGGACAAGAUUGGUUUGAGCAUAAGCGUCAAGCGAUUAGAAACGCAUUUGCAGCGAACGAGCGCACCACAACAACAAUAACGAUGAUGAUGUCGUCGCCACCGCCGACAGUACAAAAAGAUGCCGACGGCCUUAUAUUGCCACGGAAAUUGAUAAAUCCAUGUUUAGAGUCCAACGAACGACAGCAACUGCAUCGGGAGUUGAAAUUUAAUAAUAAAAUUGGUAAAAGUGUGCUGAAUCAAAAAACCGAACUACAGCGUGCAUACGAAAAGCAACGCGAACGGCAACAACGCCAACAACAACAGGAGGAUCUCUCACCCACCGCCGGCCUUAAAGCUGAACUGAAUCGUGUGAUAAUGGAGCGUGCGCAAAAGCACGAACGCCAAGAGGGUGGCGACGAUGAGGAGGAUAAACAAUAUGUGAAUCCUGAAUAUUUGAAUGCGCGAGCGAAACUGCGUCAGCAACAACAACGGGCGAACGAAAUGAAAUAGAUGGGGCUAAUGUGUGGGAGGGUGGGAACAAAUAGAAGAAAACCAAAACCAAAAAUAAAAAUAAAAAUAAAAAUAAAAAUAAAAAUGGAAAUGAUAAUGAAAAUG